UAGCGACGGCGCAUGGGAAAACCCCGCCUCACUCCCUGCUGCAGUGCGGGUGGUGCGGUCACCGGCCAGCCUGAAACGGAAGCUCCAAAAGCCCACGCACCUCGGCACCUGACAAGCCCCCGGCAUCUCCAGCCCCACCUCCGCGAGGGGCGACCCGAGAACACAACCGCCGCCACGGCCGCCGCCGCCGCCAUGUGGCGCCGCCUCCAAACCCUAGCCUCCUCCCUCCGGCGCGCCGCCGCCGCCACAUCGUCGUCCUCCGCCCGCGCCGCGCCCCUCUCCACGGCGCCGGCCACGUUCCGGCGCACCUCGCCCCUCCUCUCCUCUCCUGGCGACAAGCCGGCGCCGACCAAGGUCGAGGAUGUCAUGCCGAUCGCCACGGGGCUGGAGCGCGAGGAGCUCGAGGCGGAGCUCCAGGGGAAGAAGAGGUUCGACAUGGAUCCUCCCGUCGGCCCCUUUGGCACUAAGGAGCCAGCUGUGAUUGAAUCCUACUAUAACAAGAGAAUAGUUGGUUGUCCUGGUGGCCAAGGAGGUUAGCAGUGGCUGAAAUAUUCUUUUUCUUGACUUUGUGUACAACUCAAGGUCAUUGGUGAUGGAGGUGAUCCAGAUGGGCACGAUGAUGAUGAAGAUGAGCAUCACUGAGGCUGUGUCAGUUGGCGAUAAUAAGAACUUGGUGAUACAUGGUUUCAGCCUUAUCUUUGCAGCAUCAGGCUGCUCUAUAGUGUUGUAGUUGAUGAGUUUCAUUUCAGAAAAGAAAAUGAUGAGUGUGACUAUGAAGCAGGUCAGGUGGUGUUUUUCGCCUACGGAUUUUGUUCGAGCCGCGGAUACCUUACAGGUGUUUGGGUUUGGCAUGUGCAUUUUUUUCUUGAGUGCAUCAUCAAAUAAAGGAUCAGUGCAUCGAUCUGUUUCACUCUAGUGUGGCGAUGCUCGUGUUUGUAUUUUGUUCUGAGAUCAAGGAGCUUAAAUUUAGUAUUCAUUAGCAA